UUGAAAAUUGUAUUGAAAUGUCACGUUAAAAUUCAGAAAAUUUUUACUCGGAAGUUGAAAAUUGUGUAGAAAUAACAAGAUUUUCACAAACAUUGAACUAUACCAAUAUUAAAUUAAUCUCAGAUCGCGUAAUUACUAAUUUAAUGUUAUUUGUAACUAAAACUCGCGGAUGAUAACUGACCGGCGUUCAUGUAAUGUACGAGUAAAGAAAAUAAAAUUUAGUCAUGGCAUCUGGUUUCCAGAAUGAGAUUGUUAAUAGAUUACUCAAUGUGAGGCUGGAGGAGGCGAAUGGUGAUGAACAGCCGCCUCAGAACAUGCUGCCUUCCAACAGGCAGCAGCGACAAAGCCGGAACGAGGAUGACAAUCAUCAAAAUGAACCUACGCCUUCUUCCUCCGCGAUAGAGAACCUACAGCCAACAAACAACACAGGCGGGAGACUCCACAACUGGCAGGCCACGAAAACUACAGUAAAAGAACGUUUAUCAUUCCUCUUCAACAAUGAAAUACUUUCCGACGUCCAUUUCAUUGUAGGUAAAGAGGCGAAUCAACAAGUGAUACCGGCGCACAAGUUUGUGCUAUCCGUAGGCAGCGCUGUCUUCGACGCGAUGUUCAAUGGUGUGCUAGCUACAAAAUCAGAAGAGGUUGAAUUACCUGACGUCGAGCCAGCUGCGUUUCUACACCUGUUGAAGUUUCUAUAUUCUGAUGAAGUACGAAUCGGUCCUGAAAGUGUCAUGACUACUCUGUAUACAGCCAAGAAAUACGCUGUGGCGGCGCUAGAAGAGCAUUGUGUUGAGUUUUUGAAAAUCAAUUUGGGCACUGACAAUGCCUUUCUGCUGUUGACGCAGGCGAGAUUGUUUGAUGAGCCUCAGUUAGCUGCUUUGUGUUUGGAGAUGAUAGAUAAGAACACAACUGAUGCAUUGAAUGCUGAAGGUUUCACAGACAUUGAUCAAGACACUUUGAAUGCUGUUUUAGAAAGAGACACUUUGCGUAUACGUGAAGCUAAGAUUUUCUCAGCGGUGCUUCGCUGGUCGGAGGCGGAGUGUAUAAGGCGCCAGCUACAUGUGACGCCGAUAAACCAAAGAACGGUCCUAGGCAGAGCCUUCCAUGCUAUAAGGUUCCCCUUAAUGUCGGUAGAAGAAUUUGCAAUGGGACCAGCUCAAAGCGGUUUGCUAGAUGACAGAGAGAUUGUCCAGUUAUUUCUAUACUUUACAGUCAACCCUAAACCGAACGUCGGGUUUCUGGACACCCCGAGAUGCUGCAUGACUGGUAAAGAGCUGACAGUGAAUAGAUUCUCUCAGACAGAGUCCCGUUGGGGCUACAGUGGGACUACAGAUAGGAUCAGGUUCACUGUGGACCAGAGGAUCUUUGUUGUAGGAUUUGGGUUGUAUGGAUCUUACUUUGGACCGACAGAAUAUGAAGUUCAUUUACAGAUAAUCCACCUGGCCACAAAGAAGGUGUGCGGCUCCAACACCACCACAUUCUGCUGCGACGGCACCGACGACACCUUCCGCGCCAUGUUCAAGGAGCCCGUCGAGAUCCUGCCCAACACCUCAUACAUUGCCAGCGCCAAACUUAAGGGCACCGACUCGUACUACGGCACGCGCGGGCUGCGGCGCGUCACCGUGGACUGCAACAACGGGGAGAAGGUGGUGUUCCAGUUCUCGUAUGCGGCCGGGAACAACAACGGCACCUCCGUGGAGGACGGACAGAUCCCCGCCAUCAUAUUCCACAUAUAGACAACAACUGGUAUUACUUCUUCUUCUUUUUGGCCUUUUCCGCACUUGGCAACAAGGGGUUAGCCGUUGUGCGUAGAUCCUUCUGGUACUGGUUCCCGCUGGAGUCACUCCAGCCAGCCGAACUCGCUCCAGAAGCUUAGCAGGCCGCCCAGGUCGCCGAACGCCUCGUGGAGUGUUGCUGGGGAUCCAAUGUGUGCUGCAUCUAAGCAUAAUAUGUAUCGGGGUUUCUUAUUCCUCCAUGCAUGCUCUGCUAAGAGGGCUGUCGGUUAUACCUACAACCGAAAGGUGUAUUUAGUGAACAGUGCCCUGUCAUUAGUUUUGUAUUACAUAAUUAUAUCAAAUUAAAUUAGAAUGAAUAUCAUUAUAUAUUUUAUGCUUAUUCAUUAUAAUAUUUUGUAGUACGAGAUCCAGCAUAAGAAAUGUAUAACCUCAUCUGUUAAUUAAAUUGGGGAAAUAAAUUGUAGAAAAUAUUCACUUUCACACAUUGCACAUAGAUUGCCUAGUUAAAUUGUGAUCGGAUAGUGUAAAACGCAUAUUUUUUUUUAAUUUUCUGUCAAUUCUUUUCCCUCAUCAGUUCAUUUAAAACACUCAUUCACUUUUUAAUAGAAUAGACCCAAAAGAAAUGAAAAGUAAAGGUUGACUGCUUUCACACUGCAACUGUGGGGUUGCCAGAUAUAAACAGUUAAUUGUUAUUUAUGUACCCUCAUCAGUUAUUUAGUCAUCUAAUAUGUCAAAUGAAAGCUUAUUUUAUGCUUAAUGAUUACAAAAACGAAAUUUAAUUUUGUAUUGGGUUACCUUUGAUUUAGUUCAUGGUUUCUUAGAUAUUAUAUGAAAAAUGUGUUUGGCUGCAAUCUACCUAGGCAACCUAUUUGCAAUGUGUCAUUGUGAACAUUACUUAUCAUUUAUUUCAUAGCACUAAUGAAUAACAGAUGAGGGUAUAUAUUUCUGAUGCCGGAUCUUAGACCAAAGUACUACAUAUAUCAAAUUAAAUUAGAAUGUAUCAUACAUAUUUUCUGCUUAUUCAUUAUAAAAUUAUUAUUAUUACUAACAGAAAUCAUCAAUUACUAUAAAUACAUGAAUAUUUUUGUAAAACAGAAGUAGUUAGUGCCAAAAUUAUUACAUAAUUUGUGCAUUAUUUAAAUCAAGAAUCUGUAAAUGACAAUGCUAUUAAUAUACUAGUACUAUAAUAAUUACUAUUAAUCUAAAAAAAUGUUAUUUAAUGAAAACUAUUGUAGGUUUUUUAUUACUUCGGCAAACGUACAUAGGCGUUUGAGUUUCGUUUCUAGUCAAAUAAAAAAAAAUGAAUCUAUAGACAAUGAUAAUCUAAAAUCGUGUAUUAUUUGUUUUAAAAGUCUGUGUAGUUGUACAGCUAGCCUAUUCACUAAGUCUUUAUUAACAACCUAUUAAAAUAAACAUGAAAUCAAUUGGGAAAUGUCAUCUACCUACUUUAUGAUAUCCACGAUGACUUGUCGGAUUACAUUUGGUACAUAUAAUUUUAAUUCCGAAUAUAAAUAUGUCACCCGAAGUGUUUUUCAGAUAGCAUGGGUACGGUGACAAUUGCCUUAUGUCGUUCAUAAUACGUACUAUUAUCGUAAAUCCUAAAAUUUUCAAUAGUGAAACGAACUGUCUAUCUCAAAAUUCCAUGCUACCUGAAAAACACUAUAGUAGCAUACGUCAAAGUUAGUGAAUUAGUAGCUUACUGUGCCGUGGGAGACAUUCCGAAGGACCACAGUAUAAAAGUGAAUAAAUAUUAUGACCUAACAAAUGAACUAACUAAAAAUGGCUAUGUAGUUAGUCUGUACGCCGUAGAAGUAGGUGCGAGAGGAUUACCAGCAAAAUCUCUCUAUAACUUGCUUAAAGACCUUGGCCUCUCUAAAAGUGCAGCUAUUUCUAUAUUAGAACGAGUAUCCAAAGCUGCUCUAAUAGGAUCUUACCAAAUUUGGAUAGGUAGGGAGAACAACACGAGCAGAGAAGGGGAGUGUUGAUCGAUCGUCAAAAAAUUCCUUAACCCUACAUCCAGUAGUCACAAGUCCUGGAUUUUGCUUGGUGUUUUUGUCUCUACCACCCGAUGGAACCGGCACCUGCACGGUGAAAGGGCGCUGUUCAGGUGCGCUUAGUUCAGGUUUUAGUCGCAGGACUUCUUUCGUGGCGCGGAGUAUAUGUGGUUUUAUUAAUAUGAGCGAUGUAAAAUUUAUAAACGAAUUAAAUAUGUCAACUACUUUUAGUGAUAUUUCCUUUAGGUAUUUUAGAUUAUAUUAUUUACUAGCGGAAGGCCCACGACUUCGCCCGCGUGGAAAUCAAUGUAAGCUUUCAAGCCUUAUUUCACCACUUCAUGGGUUGAAUUUUAAAAAAUUUUAACACGGAAAGACAAACAAAACAUCGAAAAAAAUAUAUAUUUAGCUUCAGUAUCGAUUAUAUAAUGCCCACCAACAAAAAAUUUUAAAAUAUCUUCAAUGUACAGGAUGUACAAAAUGUACAGAAUUCGUAAUAUAAAUAUAGAUUCUAGAUGGCGCUGGCUUCCUUUAUUAGCGUUUGAUGUUACAAAUGGUAUAAGUAAAAUCUCAAAUUGCGAAGAAAUGUAUAGAAUUCGACCAGUUUUAUUUUAUGUAUAGAUUAGGUGUACACUUGUGCAUUUUCAUCACAAGUUGUUACUAGUAUAUGAAUCAUGAUGACCAGACCUUCGUUAUUUUAUAAAUGCUGAAAGUUUUCUUUAUUCUCCUAACAUGGGUAAACUUCUCAUAUUUUCUGAGAUUAUCACGAGACACCAUUAAUCCACCACCGCUAAAUAGAUAAAGAUCUUUUGAUUAAGGCUUGAAUGAAGAAAAAUGUAAAAUCUGCGGUAGUCUCACGGAAUUAUUACGAAACUAGCUGAAGCCGCGUGGUUUCGCUCGCGUGGUUCCCGUUCCCGUAGGAAUACGGGGAUAAUGUAUAGCAUAUAGCCUUCCUCGAUAAAUGGGCUAUCUAACACUGAAAGAAUUUUUCAAAUCGGACCAGUAGUUCCUGAGAUUAGCGCGUUCAAUCAAACAAACAAACUCUUCAGCUUUAUAAUAUUAGUAUAGAUUAUGCAUUAGGAAAAGGAAUACGGAAAUGCGAGUGUAUGCGGACUUAUUUACUACAUGGACCCUAUUUGUUUGUUUUGUUUGUAAUAUUUUUCUACUUAAAUAUUUUAUUAAAGUUAGGGAAUUGAGCUGUGUACGUAGUAUUAUUAGUAAGUAUUAUCUAUUUUAAAAAAAAAUGAAAUAUGUAUUUUUCAAAGUUUUGUAUAAGUAGGUGAAUUAAUUAUUAAUAUAACUAGAUGUCAAAUAAAAGAUGGUUCAAUAAUAAAAA